AGACUAGUCGACACACAACUCCACGGUCAAAGAGCUAACAAAAAAAGCCUUUGUUUCAAAAUGGCAAUCAACCGUAAUUCAAUCUUCUUCAUAGGGUUACUAGCGUCUUUUACGCUCUCCAGUCUCCCGGCAAACGUUUCCGCCGGCGAGCCUCCUCUCUUAUUCACUUUCGGCGACUCUUCUUACGAUGUGGGCAACACGAAGCUCUUCUCGUCGGCGUUCGAUCCGGCCACUAUGUGGCCUUACGGCGACUCCGUCGACGAUCCAACCGGUCGUUGGUCUGACGGCCACAUUGUCCCUGAUUUCGUCGGUCGAUUGAUUGGUCAUCGCGAACCGAUUCCUCCGGUUCUUGACCCAACAGCCGAUCUUUCUCAUGGAGCAAGCUUCGCCAUUGCUGGAGCAGUUGUUCUUGGAUCCCAAUCUGACACUAUGAGUUUAGGACAACAGAUAUCGAAAUUUAUAGAGUUACGCAAGAAAUGGACCGAUAAAGAACGAGCAGAAGCUAUAUACCUGAUCUACAUCGGAGCUGAUGAUUACUUGAAUUUCGCAAAGGCUCACCCAAAUGCCAAUCUUGUGGAGCAGAUUGCUCAUGUUGCCAAUGUUCUUCAAAGGCUAUCCAGAGAUCUAAUGAGUUUGUACCGGUCAGGUGGAGCGAGGAAGUUUGCGGUACAGAACUUGGCACCGCUUGGUUGCUUACCAAUAGUGAGACAAGAGUUCAAGACAGGUGAAAGUUGUAUGGAGAUGGUUAACUUCAUGGUGACAACACACAAUGAACGGCUUAGACGUGUGCUCGUUGCGUUGACCGUGCCAUACCGUGGCUUUCGUUACAGCCUCUUUGAUUUCAACCGUGAAAUCCUCCAAAGGAUCAAUGAACCAUCACGCCAUGGAUAUACUGAUACGACGACCUCAUGUUGCGGUACUGGAUCGAGAAAUGCGUUCGGGUGCGGUUAUAGCAACGUGCAUUCGAAACUCUGCAGUUACCAGAAAUCAUUUCUGUUUUUCGACGGUCGUCACAACACUGAGAAAACGGAUGAAGACAUCGCUAAUCUCUUCUAUUCCGGUGACAAACAUGUCGUCUCUCCGGUUAACAUAAGGGAUCUCGUAGGCAAAUCGGUGACUAAUCUUGCGGCGCAAGAAAUCUAAAAGCCCUAGUUUUUGUUCUGUUUGUUUGUAAAAUAAGUAAAUGGUUGUAGUAAUCCGUUUCAUAAAGAAAUGGAGGAAACAAACAAAAGCAAACCGUUUACAAUGAAAAAAAGA